GAUCAAGAUGCGCACCGGCACUCUCCUGCUGGUGGUGGCGGCUGCCCUCUCCGCUGCAGCACAGGAGGGCAUCCCGACAGAAGGAAAACUUACACCAACAGAAGCUCCUCGAGAAUUCCAGACUCUCCCCCCUAGCAAUUGUCGCUACUAUUGCGCUUACGAAGGAAUUGCGUACUGCUGCGAUGAUGGCACUAGACCUAUUCCCCCAGAUCACGAUGAGAAUGCAGGUACUUGCGUCGAAAUUGAAGAACAUAUUUGUGAAAAGGAUGCCAUCUACUAUAACGUCACUGACAGUACUGGCGCGAACACGACGAAGCAGCUGUUCUCGGCUCGCCAACGGCCACGCCCCCUGCGCCUCCGACGGCUACUGCGCCGAGGACGAGAAGUGCUGCCCGACGCCCUGCGCCAGGAAGCACCUGUGCCUCGCCGCCGCAGCACAGGAAAAAUAUCCAGUCACAGAUACGCCUCCAGUAACAGCCUGUCGGUACUACUGUGGCUACGCGGGGGUUAGCUACUGUUGCGACGGUGGACUCGCGCCCGAUUUCCGCCGCCAAUACCCAACUCAGCCGCCAAGCAAUUGUCGCUACUUCUGUGGCUACGAGGGAGAUGCUUACUGCUGUGACGAUGGCACCAGACCCAUUCCCCAGGAUCACGAUGAGAAUGCAGGUGUUUGUAUCGAAAUGAGCGAACACAUCUGCGAGGAUGACGCCAUUUACUACAACACUACUGAUGGGACUGGCGCGAACACGACGAAGCAGCUGUUCUCGGGCUCGCCAACGGCCACGCCCCCCUGCGCCUCCGACGGCUACUGCGCCGAGGACGAGAAGUGCUGCCCGACGCCCUGCGCCAGGAAGCACCUGUGCCUCGCCGCCGCAGCACAGGAGAAUGCCCCGAUAGAAAAGGCCCCUACGGCAGAAGACGACCUUCUCGAGUUUCCGACUAUCCCGCCGAACACCUGUCGCUACUACUGCAGCUACGAUAAUACCGUCUACUGCUGUGACGAUGGCACCAGACCUCUUCCUCCGGAUCACUAUGCCCACCAAGGAAUGUGUGUAGCUAAGGAAGAACACAUCUGCAAGAGUGACGGAAUCUACUAUAAGAGCGAGAAAGCCACGAUCGAGAAAUUGUUCUCGGGCUCGCCAGUGACCACGCCCCCCUGCGCCUCCGACGGCUACUGCGCCGAGGACGAGAAGUGCUGCCCGACGCCCUGCGCCAAGAAGCACCAUUGCCUCAAGUAUGUGCCGUAUCCAAGCAGCUGCCGUUACUACUGCUUCUGGGACAGCGAGAGCUACUGCUGCGACGAUGGUAGUUUACUAGAACCCAAGAACCAUGACGACCACGAGGGACUCUGCCCCAAGAUCGAGGAUGAAGACUGCGACGGAGACAGGGAAGUCCCGAUCAAGUUUGGGGACAAAGGCUACAAGCAGAAAGCCGCCGCCUGUGCCUCCGACGGGUACUGCGCGCGCGACGAGAAGUGCUGCCCCAGCAAGUGUGCGCAGCGCCACGUCUGCCUCAAGGCCAACCGCAUCGUGGAGGAGAUCGACGGGAGUGGAGGAGCGCAGGAACUCGAUUUUUAAGUUUCAAGUGCAACCGAUGGGCGCCAUGUUCAGGGAGGAGGAGGAGAAGGAGGAGCCAAUAGAGGAGGAGGACGCGGAGAAGGAAGAAGUAGGGGAGGAUGAGGAUGAGGUGGAGGGGGAGG